GUCCAGCGCAAGGAGGACAUCAAACACGACGCUGAGGAAGGGGAAGUUGCUAACAAAGCUGAGGGGAAGAAAGAGCAACGCAUAUCCGAAUUCAAAGCUUUGGCAGUCUCCGCGUACAAGAACAAACCGGCGCCUGGCGUGAUACAUCGCGUAUCAGCGAAUGUGCAGAAGGAACUAUUAGGCUUGCUAUCUCGUGGAGGGGACCUGCAGAACAAGCAUUUUUUCUUCGUCAUGCAACAGCAAGCAACGUUGUACCGAGACCGCGCUGGAGGGGCAAAGAGUGCAAUGAGCGUUAGCGGAGCCGAAGCGAGGUUGUCUCAGGAGUUACUCGAGAUGCUCGAACUAGAUUUGUAUCGAGACGGCUUUUUGUUACAGCAGAAGGAAGACUUGGCGUUUUUCAGGUCUGGGAAAAGUCUGAACAGCAUAUGCGGAGCUAGUGGACGCAGGAUGGAUCCCGGAGCCCUGAUGAUGCUAGGUGGUGGCCUUCAAGGUGGAGGUAACAACUACCGGCCAGGACGAGGAGGCAACACCGCGAACAAUUCUAGACAACAUAGUAUGUCCAUGAACCAAACUCGCAACGAACAAGAAGAAUCCGAACCCUUAAUCUGCACAGCCUUACACGCCAUUGCCUCCAGCUGUGAGCUUCUCCACGCCAAUACCUGCUAUAUCGAACGAACUCUGGAGUCCAUGCAGCCUUACUUGAAGAAACUGCACGAAUCUCACCGCAUCGCAGCCUUGUUCCAGAAGCAGAAGAAGUUUGGGCGUACUAGGGUCUUGCACUUCUUCACGCCAGCUACUAGGGGACCAGAAGAAGGCCGUGCAAUGGGAGGCGGCUACGGAUAUUUUGGAGGAAAUGCAGCUCCUGGAGGUAAUCCUGGAAAGCCAAAACCCGGCAGAGGUGGUUUUCCUGGCGGAGGCAAUAAUGUGACUGGAAAUGGU